CAUUUGUGUGAAUGAGAUGGCCUGAUAAACCUGCGUUGGUGCGAGUAGUCAAAACUUGCCGUCGCUGCCGUGGGCCGCCACAUUGAAUUAUUUUUCACUUGAAAUUAGAGCAGACUGGUCGAACUAAACUCGGUUUGUGGCAAACUCAGCAGCUUGUUUUUGAUACACGCUUCAGAAAAGCCUGCUGAGUUGAAAGUGAUAAAAGAAUAAUUUUAAGCUGCAGUGAAAAAGCUCGGUUCACGGUUUGUUCUGCCGCUACUUGCCCGGAGGAGAACGUUCGCUAAAGAUGGACGAAUGUUGGGAUGACGACACUUACAACGGUGGUGGUGGCGGUGGAGGAGGAGGAGGUGGCGGCAGCGGUGGUGUUUACGUCCCUCCACACGCGAAUGCCAAGCGUGGCGGCUAUGAUUCGGACAGAUUUACCGGCGGUUCGGGAGGGAGUGAACGGAGCUCGUUUGAGGUAAACACCCGCAUCAUCGCGAAAAUUAUCGGUCAAGGUGGAACGACCAUCAAGCGGAUCCGGAAGGAGUCACGGGCGCAGGUUGAGAUCGAUGACAAGAACCCCGGUAAUGGCCGUUCAACGAUACAUCUUCAAGGAGCCCCCAACGAUGUGUCUCGUGCACGGGAUGCAAUUUUCGGAAUUUUGAACGAAAGAAGAGGCGAUCGGGCAGAAAGUGGUGGAAGUGCUCCGUUUCAUGAUCGGUCUAACAAUUUCGGUGGCGGAGGAGGUGGCGGUGGUGGUCGUGGUGGCUACGGCCGGGAUCGCGACCGCACUUAUGGUAGUCGCGAUUUCUACAACUCCGGAUCAGGCGGCAGUAAUCGUGAUCAUCGGGAUCAGGAUCGUGACAGUAACGAUUUCCAUAAUUCCGGAUCUGGCGGAGGCAAUCGUAAUCGAGAUCGGGGAGGUAACGACUUCUAUAACUCUAACUUUGGUAGCGGAGGAGGGGGGACUGGUUCCACCUCGAAUAACUUUGGACAGCAGCAAAACGGUCGCGCCAAGAGCCCUGAUUUGAUCGAUUGGGAUGCGCUGAAUAAACAGUGCGAUGAGGCCACUGCAAAACAGUGGGCUAAGUGUCCAAAGAUGAUCAAAAAUUUCUAUAAAGAACUGCCGGAAGUGUCCAACAUGACGCCGGAGGAGGUCAAUGAAUUUAGAUGUUCAAACAAUAACAUAGUCGUAGAUCGAACUUUCAAAGAUACGGGCAAACCAUCUGAUCCAAUCCCAAAUCCGGUACAAACCUUCGAACAUGCCUUCCAUGAGUACCCUGAACUGCUGGAGGAAAUCAAGAAGGCAGGGUUUACCAAACCAUCGCCAAUCCAAGCACAGGCCUGGCCCGUGCUGCUCAAAGGUGAAGAUUUGAUCGGAAUCGCGCAAACCGGAACCGGAAAGACAUUGGCUUUCCUGUUGCCGGCGUUCAUCCACAUCGAAGGUCAACCGGUACCGCGGGGGGAGCCACGUGGCGGUCCAAAUGUCUUGGUAAUGGCACCAACCCGCGAGCUGGCCCUCCAAAUUGAGAAAGAGGUGUUCAAGUACCAAUUCCGGGACAUCAAAGCAAUAUGUUUGUACGGUGGAGGCGAUCGCCGAACGCAGAUCAAUAAGGUGAAGGGCGGUGUGGAAAUCAUCAUCGCUACGCCAGGUCGGUUGAACGAUCUGGUUGCCGCCAACGUCAUCGAUAUUACCAGCAUUACCUAUCUGGUAUUGGACGAGGCGGAUCGUAUGCUCGACAUGGGAUUCGAACCGCAAAUUCGAAAACUUCUACUGGACAUCCGUCCCGAUCGGCAGACUAUCAUGACCAGUGCGACGUGGCCACCGGGCGUCCGCCGACUGGCGCAAAGCUAUAUGAACAAUCCCGUUCAGGUGUACGUGGGAACGCUAGAUCUGCCUGCCACGCACACAGUCACCCAACAGAUCGAGAUGAUCGACGAGGAAGACAAAUACGUGAGGGUUUUAAAUUUUGUAAAGAACAUGGGACCGAACGACAAAGUCAUUAUUUUCUGUGGGAGGAAAACACGAGCAGAUGACCUUUCCAGUGAAUUUGUUCUGUCGGGUAUCAACUGCACCAGUCUACACGGCGAUCGGGAACAAGCCGACCGUGAACAAGCUCUGGAGGACAUCAAAUCCGGCGAUGUGCGAGUGCUUAUUGCUACCGAUGUGGCAUCCCGUGGACUUGACAUUGAGGAUAUUUCGCACGUUGUGAACUACGAUUUUCCCCGCAAUAUUGAAGAGUAUGUGCACAGAGUGGGACGUACCGGCCGUGCCGGUCGGAGCGGAGUUUCGUUGAGUUUCUUCACACGUAGUGAUUGGGCAGUUGCGGGUGAUUUGAUCAAAAUCCUAGAGGAAGCUGAACAAGAAGUGCCGGAGGAGAUCCGUAGCAUGGCCGAACGAUUCGCGGCCAAGAAAGAGCGCGAGAGCCGCGAAAAGGGUGCCUUUGGCCGACAAGGGGGUGGAAGACGUGGUGGAGGAGGCGGCGGAGGGCGCAGUGGAGGGGGCCGAUGGUAAUUGUUAAAAUCUGAUGCUAUAAGAGGAAGCUGACAAAAUUGUCACGUUCUGUGACAAUAUUCGUGUAUAUUUCUCGACAUUCGAGUCGAAUCUGUUUAUUUCAAAUAUCAAAACCUUAGUUAUAAAUUUCUAGACUCUGAUUUAUUUUAUAGUGCGCCUUUAAUUAUCAAUUGCUCUGUUAAUUCAUUUCUGGAAAGUAUUUAACAUUCAAAACUAACAUUCUCGAAUGUAUAUAAACAUGUGGACUUUUCGGCGUAUAAAUCGUCAUGAGACUGGAACAUUUGAAUAGGGUUAUUUUUGGUAGAGCCAAAAUUCGAAAUUUGUAAACCCCUUGACCGUGUUUUUUUUUUCAUUCGAACAUCCUGAAUUUCAAGUUAGAAUAACUAUUGUUUUAUAAUAAUACAAAUAAAGAUUUAAAUAACGUUA